CAUCCCUCCAUCCCUCCCCAGUCUUCUUGCGCAAGAAGACUGCGAGUUCCAGCUGGGACGAUUCCAGCACAGGCCUAUAUGCCUGAUACCUAUCCCCCUCCCUCGAAGCCGGGUCCCUGCUGUGUAGCGUUGCGUAGCCAAGCUGUGCCAGGCGUACCGUAACAGAACCGAGCUGGGUGUCGCGGAUACUGGGAACCGCAAACACACACCCCGCGACGCUGCCGCUGCCGUAGUUAUUGUUCACCAGCAUCUACACCUCUUCUCACAUCUAUCAGGGGAAAAAGAGCCGCCUCUCAGGCUCUCAAGAGGGCCCAGCGAGCACGCGAACCCCAGCCCCACGUUGCUCGUUGCCAUCGCACUCUCCCCAGUCAAUUCGGAACAGGGUAGGGCAUCAUGAUGCCGGCCAAGCGCGUCAGCGCAUCAGGCUUGCCUGCCAGCCCGAGCACAGGCAGCACGCUCAGCGCGUUGCUGGGAUCAUCAAAUGGAGCAGCGUCGUCAUCAUCCGCAGCAGCGUCCUCUUCUGGCACCAAUAUCACAUCUGUCCAAGUUGCGGUUCGCAUCCGUCCUGUCACAGAACAUGAUCAAGCGUCGAUCCCAGCGCGCUGGCAGCGCUCUGUCAUCACAGUCAACUCGGCUAACUCACUCACAGUCGAUGCAUCAGGGCCGCCCCCACCCGGGUCCGCGCCGGCAGCGGCGACGAGUUCAGCACGCGACAAGCGGCUGCAAUUCGCCUUUGAUCGCGUCCUCAGUCCAGCCGACGGGCAAGAUGCAGUCUACAAGAGCUCGGCGUCGGCCCUGAUACCAAAGUUCCUCGAAGGCUACAACGUCACAAUCCUCGCAUAUGGGCAGACGUCCAGCGGGAAAUCCUACACCAUGGGCACGUCCUCCUCCGACUCGAUCGACUUUGAAGGCCUCGUCGCCGGCCGGGCGCCCGACCCCGACAUGGGCAUCAUCCCGCGUGCCGUGGCGCAGAUCUUCGACGCGGUCAACGCGCAAAAGGCACGCUCCGGCGCCAUCCAAUACACCAUCAAGGCGAGCUUCAUCGAAAUCUACAACGAGGACCUAAUCGACCUGCUGGCCGACGCCGACGGCGAUGCGCGUCCACUCGUCCAGAUCCGCGAGGACAAGGCCGGUCACAUCUUCUGGAGCGGCCUGCGCGAGGUCAAGGUGAACAACGUUGCGGACGUCAUGAACUACCUCGUCCAGGGCAGCGCUGUGCGCCGCACCAACGAGACUGACAUGAACGCCCAGUCUUCUCGCUCCCACGCCAUCUUCUCCCUGACAAUGACCCAGCGCAAGUGUGGCGGCAGCGGGCCCGCGCCGCCCCCCGUCGCCAGCAGCGGCAGCGGCGCCGCGGCGCUCGCCAACUCCGCGCUGAACGGCCGGACAACGCCAACGGGCCGCGCUUCGACGUCCGGCCUGCCGCGCCCUUCGUCGUCGCUCGGCCGCUCGACGCCGACAGGCUUUCCCAGCGCCAGCGCCGGCCGCGCGUCCGUCUCAGGCCUGCGCACGCCCAACACGCUGCUCUCGGGUUCCCGCAGCCAGUCGCCUGUCGCCGGCGGGGGGGCUGGCCUCGCCGCGGAGGAGCGCAUGCGGGGCCUCAGCGGCGUCCUGGGCACCGGCGAAGGUGAGUGGACGACAGUCGUCAGCAAGUUCCACUUUGUCGAUUUGGCUGGAUCUGAACGGCUCAAGCGGACCGCUGCGCAAGGCGAGCGCAUCAAGGAGGGUAUCUCGAUUAACUCUGGCCUGCACGCGCUCGGCAACGUCAUCUCUGCGCUUGGCGACCCGGUCAAGGCGCGCAAGACGACGCACAUCCCGUACCGCGACUCGAAGCUGACGCGCCUGCUUCAGGACAGUCUUGGCGGUAACGCGCACACGCUCAUGAUCGCAUGCGUCUCCCCGACCGAGUACAACGUCGGCGAGACGGUAAACACGCUGCAGUACGCCAACCGCGCGCGCAACAUCAAGAACAAGGCCGAGCUUAACGAGCAGGAGAUCGGCUGGGACGACCUAGACUACUUACAGGGCCAGGUGACCAAGCUGCGCAAGGAGCUUGCUGUGCUCAAGAGCUCUAAAGGCAGCGGCUCCACCGCCGCGCUACGCGGCAUUGCCGACGAUGACAAGGUCAAGAAGUUGGAGGCGACCGUGCGCCAGCUGAACGACCGGCAGAGCACCGAUCAGGUGCAGAUUGCCGUGCUCAAGCGCGAGCUCAAGGCGCGAGAGCACCAGAAGAAGGACUCGGACUUCCUACAGGCUGCCGAGCCGAUCAUCCUCGAGUACGAAAAGGCCAUUGACGUUCUCGAGGGCCAGAUCAACCUGAUGAAGGCCGCGCUCGGCCACUCGGAGGAUAUCAUCAACGAGCAUGAGAGCAAGAUCGUCGAGCAGGACGAGCGCAUCAACCUCGUCGAGCAGCAGCUCGACGCGCGAGAGUCGACCAUCGUCGAGCUGCAGACGCGCCUCAGCCAGCUGCAGGAUCGCGAGAGCUCGGCCAACACCUACGCCACCGAGCUCGAGGCGCGUCUCCAGUCGUAUUCGAACAAGGAGGACGCUGACUCGGGCAUGGCCAGCGAGCUACGCAAGGAGGUCGUCCGCCUCCGCCAGGCCGAAAGCUCCGCCGAGGCGUACAUCAAAGAGCUUGAGAAGCGCCUGCUCGCGUCCGACUCUUCCCUCGCGCAGCUCACCGCGCAGGUCGAGCGCCUCGAGCGCGAUCUCGAGCGCCGCGAUGAGCAGUACCGCGAGCUGCUGCAGCGCCUUGACACGCUCGACAUCACCGUCGAAAACAAGGCGCUCCUCGAGGAGCUUGACGCACGCGACCAGCGCGUCCUCGAGCUCGAGAAACGACUCGACACCGUUGUCACCGAGAAGGAAGCCCUUGCGCGCGACAAGGGAAACCUCACCGACGCCGUCGCGCGCGACCAGCUCGAGCGCGGCAAGCUCGAGGACCGCAUCCGCCAGCUCGAGAAGAACGCAGCAGACCCCGUCGCCGACGCGGCCGCGAAUCCGAAUGCGGCUGUAGCUGCAGACGGAAAUGGCGUCCCUGUAGCGGGAGACGUGCACUUCGCCGAGCUGCAGUCGGAGAUGCUGCUUCUGCGCGACUCGCACGCCAAGACCCUCGCCGAGCUCAGCACCGUUCAGGUCCGCCACCGCGAAGCGCUGCAGGAUAUUGAGAAGCUCAGCGGCCAGAUUGCCGAGGCCAAGCUGACCCGCGCGGCGGCGGCACCGGAUGAGGAGAUGGAGGAGCUCUCCCCCCCGGUGCACGAUCCGCACACCGACGGUGACGACUCGUGCUCGUCACCGACGAUGCUCAGCCCCUCGCGUCGGCGCGAUUCAUGGCAGGUUUCACCGUCACGCGCGGGCGGUGGCGCGAUGCGCCGCCCCGAGAGCCUGCGCCUCGACAGCGGCAGCAGCGUUGUCGAGACGCUGCAGAGAAGGUCCUCCGGCUCUUUUUUAGGGUACAAGCCGGCCGACAGCCAACCGGAAGUAAGGGAGAUGAAGGCGUCGGGCGGCGGAAUGAUCAGCAAAACAAACGGCAAUCAUCACGUUCGUACUCGCUCCAUGUCGUCGGGGCAGUCUUUUGUUGGGGAGUUAUCGCGGGGGCCGCGGCCCUUAUCAUUAUCCGGCACAGUUCCGCCUUCGCCCUUCUUCAAGGCCAUCGAGCCGGAUUCGCCGGCGAACUAUGAGCGCAAGAUCUUGUCCCUUGAGAAAGAGAGGGACCAACUUCAAGCCAUUCUGAAGGAGCGCGAAGAUGAGCUAGACGCCGUCCAGCGCUCCUCAUCCGUCGCAUCUGCACCCGCUUCCGCAGAAACUGUCACCGAGAGCAAGUCACUCUCCUCCGAGCUGGCUUCGGCCAGCGAGGCGCAGCUGGUGGAUGGAGAGGCACCUACGACGACGACGACGUCCUCCCCUGCCGCAGGCGCAUCGACACCCGCCCUCUCGCAGGCAGUCGAGGCGCAGCUUGAGGCCUUGCAACAGGUACUCGCAGAGAGCGGGAACAACCAGCAGUCCCUACAGGUGCAGCAGCUUCUCCUCUCCUUCGCCAAGAAGGAGAACUCUCACCGCGAGCAGACGGAGUACCUCAAGAGCGAACUCGAGGCUGCGCACAAGGAGCGAGAGGCGCUCGAUGCUGCGUCCCACGAGAUGGUUGGAAGCCUGACGAGCGAGCUGGAAGCUUUGCGUGCCAAGCUCAAGGAAGCGGAAAAGGCGCACGCCUCGACUCUUGCGAACGUCAGCACCGUGGCGGAGUCCAGCAAGCAUGACACUGCGCGUCUGCAGGAUGAGCACAAGCUCGCAUUGAGCGUUCUCUCUACCAAGCACGAUGCAGCGAGCCAGGAACAGAACGCAAUUCAAGCGCGUGCGCUCGAAGACAAGUCCGUUCAGCACCAGUCUGCGCUGUCUGCUCUGGCGGAAAAACACAGUAAUGAACUUGCGCGCCUCUCAUCUGAGCAUGCCGACGUGCUCUCCGCACGCAAGGCUGAGCACGAGCAGGCUCUCGCUCGCCUCAAAGACGAGCACGAGCGUGCGCUGGCCUGGAAGGAUGAGCAGCAUGCGUCUGCCUUGAGCAAUGCCAAUCUCGAGCAGGAGAGCCGUGAUGCCGAAGGCCAGGAAGAACGUGAAAGCCUCCUCAAACGUCUUCGUGAAGAGCAUGCCAGCCAGCUGGAGCGCACAAAGUCAGAGUACGAGCUCCUGUCUCAACGCUCGCUCGCUGCAGCAGCAGAGUCGCACUCUACAGCCCAGAAGGAAGACAUCGCUGCCGCGCUGGCUGACCGCGCCAAAGAGUAUGCUGCCGUGCUGGACGCGAAAGAGCAAGAGCACCUCAGCACCCUGACCGAUCUCUCGCGUCAACACUCCGAAACGCUUUUAGCUCGCGACGCGCAGUACGAGGAUGCGCUCAACAAGGCAUUGACCUCGCUCAGCCGCGAACAUUCUGCUAAUGUUCAGGAGCUCACUUUGAGUCACACCGAAGCUCUCAUAGAUGCAACGGCCGCCCACGCGACACAACUCGAAGAGAAAGAUAAGGAGCUUCGCGAAGCUGUCGCCCGCACAGAAAGCGCCGCCACAGCCGCGGAGACAGAGCUACGUAUGCAGCACGAGUCUGCGUUGUCCGAGUUACGGGACCAGCACGACAAGGCGCUUGCUGCGCGCCAGGAAAAGCAUGAGAAGGCGCUGUCGGAGACCAAUGCUACGCAUGAGAGGGAGAAGUCUGAGCUCGUCGAAGCGCACAAGGCCGCAAUCGAUCGCCUAGAGCAAGAGCACAAUACUAAGCUCGAAGGAUGGGAGGACACCCACAACCAGUUCCUUAAUGAACUCAAAACGCAGCAGUCGCAGAAAGCUGCUGAGGACGCGUCUGCCAUCGCUGCUGCCCAUCAAGAAGAGAUGAAGCAGUUGCAUGCAAGUUUAGGGCAAAAGACGCAGGCGCACGAAACGGAGCUAGCUGCCUUGCGAACGGAGCACGAGGACAAGCUCACUCGCAUCCAGGAAGAGUUGCAGACUGUCUCCAAGGAGCGCGACAACUUGCGCGAAGCUAACACCGAGUUUGAGAAGCGACACCGUCUUCUGCAAAGCCAGCUUGAAGUUGACCCUGUCGAGAUGGACAUGCUGAAAGCUGAGCUCGCUGAAACCAGUGAUGCACUCGUCGUUCUCGAGGCCGCCCUUACUGAGGCGCAGGCAGAGCGGGACCAAGUCGCUACUGAGCUCGCUGUAUUGCGGGACAGCAUGGAACGGGAAAACGGCCUUCACACUACGAAUGCCAGCAGCGCCCUUGCAAAGGAGCUCGAAACGCAGCGCAGCCUAUUGUCACAAGCGAGGAAUGACCUUCUGCGUAGCAAGGCUGAUUUACAAGCUUUGUCAGAGGAGCGUACACGCCAGGACAUGCAACUUCGAGAUACGCAAAUGAAGCUCGCAGCUGCCGAAUCUCGCGCUGGAAAGGCCAGGGACUCUCUGGCGUUGCUGACGAUGGAGCACAGCCCCGUCAUGGAUGGAUUAGUGAAUGGUCACCGGUCAGCAUCGCGUACAGGAAUGCGCACGAGCCAGGAGAUAGAGCAGCUUUCCGACGGAGGAUCGAGAAGCUUCGCCCGCGCAGGUCAAGCAGGAUCAAAGCCUCCUCCGCCUACGCCGCCGCCAAACAUGCCUCCUCCUCCCACGCCCACCGGAGGCAAUGUCAAUGCCAGAAGCUCGACGGGCACCAGAAGUUCCAGCUCGUCAGCGCGACCCGACUCGAUCGAGGGCGCGCUGACCCGUUCGAGCUCCACUGCCUCACUCAGCAAUGGCUCUUCGUCAACGGUUGCGCCAGAUCCGCGGAGCGCGAAGGUCAUGGCGGAACAGGCCGAGGAGCUGCAGAAGCUCACGAAGCAGCUUGCUCACUGUGAAGCAGAUCUGCAGGCGAACAUUGACUUGGUUGCUACAUUAGAAGCAGCCCUAAAUGAUAGCGAGAGAAAUCUCCGCAAAUCUCGAGUGCAACUCUCCGAAAUUACCCGGGAGCGUGAUCGCUUUUCGGCGCAAGCGGAUGAGCUACAGAUGCAAGUGAAGAAGGCGACAGCCGAAGUUGAGCGCGUUCGUAACAGCGUCAUUCUCGAGAAGCAAGACUACGAAAGUAAGAUCCAAGAAGAGAGGCAAGCCAAGGAGAAGGCAAGGGAAGCGCUUGAGGCGCGGCUGGAGGAAGUGUCCCGCAAGAAGCACUCCUCUAGACUUUUCUGCAUGUAAGGUCCCGGUGGGAAGCUUGCAGUAGCUUUUGUUGUACCUACGUUUCGCCGGUAUUUUGGGAUCCUCCACGUCUUGUAUAAUUGUCUACAACACUUUCCUGCUCUUCAAUUGCGCAUGACCUAAUUCUCAUUCUGCCAACGCUUAAUGUCG